CUGUCAUCCAAUUUUCACACAGGGAAACAUGUUGUUUGCUGAACCAACAUGAAUUGAGCAAAAACAUGUUGGCACCCAUGUCUUCUAGUAAAGAAAGCAUGUUGGCACCCAUGUCUUCUAGUAAAGAAAGCAUGUUGGCACCCAUGUCUUCUAGUAAAGAAAGCAUAUUUAGGAUGUCCUGUGGCAAAAUUCACCAUAUGAAUUGUUACUUCAAUUGUCGGAGGUGUGACAUACUGACAUGUGGUGAGUAUUCUCACUUCCAUGAGGUUAGGGCGUUAGGUCCAUUGGAAUUUGGAAUACAUUGGAGUUAAUUUCGAGGACCUUAGGCAAGUUUCAUUUCUUUAAUACAUUGGAGUUAAGUGGUGGUGAUCUUGAACUAGGAGACUACUUCAUGUUGUAAAUCCUCUCAAGAAAGAAGGAAUAAUAACUUUUGCUUCAAUGUUUUCACAAUUAUCAGUUGCAUGCUUGAAUAACCAUCUUUAAAUAAAUCUUUUUAUCUGGCUUACAUCGCUGUUCAGCAACUCCAUUUUCUCUUGUCCCGGAACUGUACUUUUCCCCUGCUGAAUUUUGUUAAUGAACCAUGUUGGUGCGAGCAUCUUCAAAAUUUCAGCAUAGAGUUAUUUGUUGCUUUUUGAAUUGAUGUAAAUUUGCCCACCACUGUCUGCUUUGUGCCAAUAUUCUGGCACGUUCAUGUUUCAUUCUUUGUACUGUUCUUCUGUACUGUCCCUGGAGUGUGCAUGACUGCUUAUACAGUAAAGUGGCGCCCAGAUCAGAUGAGAUGCCAAACGGAACUGCUUUUCAUGCCCAUAUCAAGGCGCCAUUGCCUCGUACUGAUCUUCUGUACUGUAAAACCUUGGCUGGCAGUUCCGACAAUACCUGACACAAUUAAUAGGUACCACCUUGAGCUUGUAUGUCUUGGUUGAUGAAAUCAUCAACACUUUGGACACGCUGAUAUCUCAGUGCACAUUGUUUUUUUUUCCCCUUCUGAUCCUGGAUUAGCAGUUCCUAAUUACAGAGUUCCCAUUUUCCUUUCUUUACUUUUAUGGAGUGUUUAGUUGGAAAUCAGACUGCAUUAUUUUCAAUAGGAGUACUAGAUGGAUUGCCAUUUUGACAGGGGAGCACCUUUCUUUUUUGAGACAAUAGUGGCACAUACUUUCAGAGGUUUGGACUGGAAAUGAUGUGCUUGAUGACCACUAAAUGAAACAAAUCAAAAGAGGGAGAAACAUGAAAUCCGGUGUUUCUGUUGUGUUUUUUCUUUCUUUUAAUGUGUUUGUCUUUUUAUCUUGCAGAAAAUCUGCUCGGGUGCAUUGAUUGGAUUCCUCAACGUCAUAUGUCCAAUUCUCUGCUUGCUAUGAAAGAUCACUGCCUGGCACAACAGGAUAUAUUCAUGAAGUGACAUACGUAUUAUCUGUUGGUAAUACUAUAGAAGAGUAACCUGCAAAUCGAAUAUCUGAAGGCAUGAUUUUCAGUAAAGGCUUUUCCAAUAUUUAUCAAAGAUCAUAUGGCAGGUCUUCCUAUCUUCUGCAUGGCUUCAGGUUGGCACAAAUAUUGGCAUUCUGCGUGCGAGAUCUGUGGACUCUCUUUUCAAGUGAGGUUCAUGCCAAACUAACCAGGACUUUACAUCGUUUCAGGACAACACUACAGGGAUCUUGUGAAGAUAUAGGAUGGUUUCAAAGAACUAAAGCAUCUCUUUGUUCGGUUGAUGGCACAAGUCGCUUCAAGGAGAUUUUGCACGAGAUCAGAAAUGGUGUGCAUUGUCUGUCUGAUACACUGGUUUACUUAUUUAUCCCUGGCCUUUUCAGCAACCACAAUCCAUUUUACUUCAUCAAUACUAAAAAAUUCUUUUCGAAAAUGGGAUUGGCUUGCCAUGUUGCAAAGAUUCAUAGCGUUGUAAUUGAGCUCAAGAGGGAUAGCAUGCAAAUUUUUCUAGUUUGUCUAAAUACUAGAUUCCAUUCUUAUUUUGUAUUGUCUCGUGAAAUAGCAGAUGCUUGUGCUCCUUACAAGCUAGUGUUUCUUUCGGAUUUGCCCUGUCCGUCCGGAUCCUGUAGUUCUUACUGUACCUCUGUAAUCAUUUCCAGGAAUUGACAAAACUGAGAAUAACCAACAUUGAAGGAAUAGGUAAGUCAGAGACUGUUGCUGCUUCUGCCUAAAUUCAGGCCGAACAAGGAAGGAACAGUGCCUUUUGUUUAUGUCAGCAAUACCCAGGCAAUCCUCAAGGCUGGUCUUAGAAGUUCAGCCGCAGUUUGAUAGUUGAUGCCUGUGUAAUCUCGCUUCUUUUCUUGUCAGUUCAAAGGUUAAAUGAAAUAUGAAGCCUUGUCUCAGCUUUCGGACUGCAGGGCCAAUGUCUUGAGCAGUUUGGGUGCUCUGAUGUGAAUCGGCUGUUGUAGUUUACAGUGACGCUGAUUUUCCUUUUUUUUUGUGUUACUUAUUGGACGCACAUCCUUUAUUAAUGUGUUGUGAUACAUCAAGUGCGGAAGUGCCAUUUCUACCGUCCCAACCAUGUAAUAAUGAAACUGCAAUGUUUCGUGUC